AUGUUUCUGAGUGACCUGUGGAUUUUUUAAUAUUAGGUAAAAACAGCGUGGUAACCCCAAUUUUCAAAACAUUCGAUUUUCGCCUUGUUCUUGAGCUCUUGUCUAAAAGUAAACAUUGCCGUCAGAUUCAGCCUGAUUGAUUACGUAUGUUCCAUGCAACUUUAAGACUACCUGGAGCAGGGCUGGCGCGAGGCUUCUAAAAUUGGGGGGGGGGGGCCAUAAAUUUUUUUUGAUUUUUCGGUUUAAAACUUUAACGCGGGUUGCAGAUCGUUUUUGUGCAGAUU